GCUACUUUUUUUUGUUAGUACAGCAAACACAAGUAGUUGUAAUUCUUUCUAGUCUCUUCCUCUGUAUCAAGUGCAUAUAUACUUUGUAGUUAGCAAAUGGCCACUCCCAUUAUCUUAUUUGAGCUCCUACUAGCAUUGUCUAUAUUGGUUGCUUUAGCAACGGAUCAUAGUCCUCUUCAGGAUUUCUGUGUAGCUGAUGCAAAAAGCCAAGUGUUAAUCAAUGGUCUGGCCUGCAAGGAUCCCAAGCUGGCUGAAGCCAAUGAUUUCUUCUUUAGUGGACUUCACUUGGAGGGUAACACAUCAAAUGCUGUAGGGUCUAUGGUGACCCCAGUUACUGUAUCACAAAUGCCAGGACUUAACACUCUAGGCAUCUCAAUGGUCCGUAUAGACUAUGCACCAUGGGGCAUCAACCCUCCCCACACACAUCCUCGUGCCUCUGAAAUCUUAACAGUAUUGGAAGGACACCUUGAAGUUGGAUUUGUCACGUCUAUCCCGGAAAACCGUCACAUCACAAAGGUGCUAAAGAAGGGUGAUGUGUUUGUCUUCCCCAUUGGUCUCAUACACUACCAAAGGAAUGUGAAGUCUACAAAUGCAACAGCCAUUGCAGCUCUAAGCAGCCAAAAUCCUGGAGUCAUUACAAUUGCAAAUUCUGUGUUUGGGUGUGCGCCAAAUAUUCCUAGUGACAUUCUUGUGAGGGCUUUACAAAUGGACAAGAAUCUUGUCACUCAUCUGCAGUCCAUUUUCUAAACAAGCCGAUUGUUUGUAGUAAUGUGCACAUCUGCUUGUAUAUUUGCUUUUACAAAAUUUAGUCAAUUUGAUUUGGUAUUUACUAUUAUGUUCUU